UGAGCGGAAAAAUAAGUCUAUCAUCCUAGGGUACCUAGUGAAUGAAACUGAAAAUAUACAUAUUGUUGAAUUAUGUGAUCUCUCAAUGCGGUACUGAUCAUGAAUACUUAAAAUAGAGUAAAUAAUUUCUCUCUCCAUUCCCAAGUUUUAUUUAUCAAGAUUCUCGACUUAUUCCAACAUGAUGAGAUCUGGCUCUGGCAAGCAUGCCAUCGAUACCGCCACAGAUGGUGAGAUGGCCAACAAACGACCUCGGACUAGUACGACCAGCCCUUCACGUUCGGACAUCGGAAUUCCAAGAAUUAGGGUUGAAAACAGCAGCAGCAAGGGUGACCCGAUGUCAACAAAGAUUGGGACAUCAGGAUCCGGUCUAAAACCACCUGUGUUAUUUAUUCAGACCGACAUCCAUCAUUUGGAUAAGAAUAAAGAUAAUGUUUCGAUGUAUAAUACCGAUGUGCCUGAACUUGUAUGGUCUGAUUGCGAAUCAGAAUACAGCGGCAGAGAAUCAAGUUCGGGCGAUGAAGAUUACCCCGAUACCGAUGACGGUUGCACAAGCCUAGCGAUCCGCGAGGGUCCAUAUGCUGACAUUAUUCGCGAGUUGAGACAGAAGGGAAAAUCUCGCUUCCCGUUCUAUAUGAUGAUGAAGCUGGAAAUGAACCGUCAGAGAAUGUUGAACGAUCCAGACAUGCGAAAUUCUCUAACGACAAUGAUCUCUUCUCCUAUGAGAUUUGAAAUCAUACAUGCAUUUCGCCCAUCGAAUGAUUAUUACAGCGUGAACCGUGAACGAGAAACUGCGGUGAUCGGAACAGCUCGAAGUCUCGAGAUAGCCAAUGUCAAGGCUAUGUCGUACUUCUAUCAAUAUCACCAUGGGGACAUGUGUAGACUGGGUGUAAGAAGGAGUAGCCGUCAGAAUCGCAUGCAAUUAAAUUUUGUGCAGGAUAGCGGGUACAAUGGUAUGCACUCGUUUGAGAUAUCCCGUCCCGUUUGCGGCGCAAAGGACUAUUGA